AAAGUCUCCAAGACAUUUGUAUCUACGCCACAAUCACUACUUAUUUGACACUCGUAUAUGCCAUCUUUCUGCUCUCGUAAUAAGUGACAGCGUUGACGUAUGAAGUAGUGGUUGUCUUUCUCCUCAAGUUGGAGCGCGUUCCGAAGUCAACAAAAAAUCGGUGCACAUACCUUUUAGUUCACGAGUAAAGUUGUCUCGUUCAGACAUCGUCAUGGUAUUUGGUCUUAAGUGAGAUCUCAGCUGAUGACAAGACCAAUUCAUAGCUCAUAGAUAUAAAAUGGUAAUUUUGUCGUGCUAACUGAAUUUUUUCUCGCGGCACAAAUUUCUCCACGGAAUACGAGUCACAAUUUUCUAUUGGAUUGGAAAUCCAAGUCAACACUUGUAAUGCCCGCGACAAAACGGUAUAUUGUGGUAUCCACGAAGCUCUUGUUAUUCGGCAAUUUCUUCUCUCUGUACCAUAUGUAACCUUAAAACGCGUACGCCAGCACUGCGAUUAUCUACGCUAAUCUGUACGUCGCGCGAUAUACGGGCAAACGGGCUAUUAACCAACAAUUCAUAGCUACGAUGCAUCAUGUAGUUUUAUUUUUAGAAAAAUCAGAUCAAUUCCAAUGUUUACCGAAUUAUCAAUUAGUUUACCGGAAAGGAAAAAUAUAAUGAAAACAGAGGCACCGAGAACUGUUCUAAUCGCGAUCCCUAAUUCUGUGGAAUUUCGCAAUUAUGAAUACAACAAGAUAUAUCAGAAAGUUGUCUCGUUGCAAAAUGUCAGUACGUCUUUAGCGAGAUUUCAACUAAUGGCAAGACCAAUCAAUUCUCGAUUCACCGUCACAAUUGAUUCCAAAAGGCAAAGGGGAAGUAUUCCUCCUGGAAUGCGCGUAAAACUAGUCGUUUCUUUCCGUUGUGACGUCCUGGACGAAUCUGAGGAAGCGGUAACGGUAAAUGUACAACGAGGACGUUCGGUAAUUAUCAGGUUAAGCGGAUAUCGAGAUCCACCGAUAUUGAGAGUGUUUAACGUUCCGUGCUUUCGACAUUCAAGACGAUUAUCGCACACAAUGGCAAGGAGUACAGAGGAGUGGGUCAUGGAAAUUCCAUUUGAACAAGUAUCUUCCUCCAAGGAGUUUACUGCAACAAGCGGCGAUGCAUCGAGCACAUCUACGGAGGAGGAUCUUCCGCACUGUAGACGAUCGAGGAGCUUCGAUUGCGGAACUUGCCUCGUAGGAGAAGAAACAAUUUUACAUCUGACCGUAAAGAAUAUCGGCGGUGAGGGAAGAUUUUUCGUUAUGAGCGAGAUGGACUGGUGUUCGAUGCAUAUCGAGGAUGUCACUGACAAAAAUAUGCUGAUUCUAACCAAGUGUUUUGCUGUGUGGCCAGCAUAUUUUACACUCAGACCGCAAGAAUAUAUACACUUGCAUCUCUAUUUCUUCCCUGAUGCUCAUGGAACGCAUGUAAAUUAUAAUAACGCGAGGAAAUCAAAUAUCCGGCUAUCAUAAUUCCCGGCUAAGCGACGUGCUUCUCGAACAUUAGGUGGAAACGUUG